UUGUAUAUAAUUAAUACUUCAAAAAAUGUUUCGAUUCUGCAAAGACAUUUUAGGUAUGAUUGGCAGUUGUUUUGGACAACGAAAUAGAAGACAAAAUCCAUGGGCAGAUAUAGAACUGCAUGAACAUAAUACACGUAGAAUUGAUCUUGAUAAUAUUAGCGUUGAGACAGAAAUUUUUACGCUAUAUGAAGAAGAUGAAGAAAUACCCAUUGCUUCAGGAAAAGCUAAUGAUUCACAUGCUACUUCAAUGAAAUAUGAUGCCACAUCAAUAACAGAUGUUUCCCAUCGAUAUGAAAAUCAGUCUAAUAUUUUGCAUGCUAGUUUUGUUAGUGUAGAUUUGAAUCGUUCGGAACAACUUUACAAAAAUGACAGUAAUAAUGAUAUACAGUUAAUUAUAUUUAACGAUUCAAAUUUGGAAGUCAAUGCUGAACCUGACAAUAGAAGUGUAAAUGAAAGUAACUCUUCUAAAUAUCAAAGUUGUGAAACUGAUGAGGUUUUAGUCUUUAAAUCACCAAUUACUGAACAUAACUUAUCACAAGACUGGGUUUAUUUUGAUAAUACUGAUGAAAAUGCAAAAUCCAAAGAUGAUGCAGAACGCAUAAAUGAAUUUAUUCAACAUCCGCAAGAUUUCAAAAUGAAUAAAAUGUGCUUCCUGGCAAAUAAUGAAGCACUUAACGAAACAACGGAACCAUCCAAUAAUCAGCCAAUCAUAAAAGAAUGCAUUGAAACUUCAGAAGAAACUGAAGCAACUGGAUCAAAUGCUGUGGAAGAGCCUGAAAAUAGUAAAUUCCAGGAAAGUGGUUAUGAAGAAUUUUUGGGUGGAAUUGGUCAAAAUGUAAACCCACAGUUUUCACCUAAUAAAGAUUUCUGUUUUAAAAUUUCAGAACAGUUACCCUAAACUCUACAUAUACCAAUUUUAUAUUAUGAUGUAUGAAUGAAUAAAAGCUCAUUAU